AAACAUGAUGGAGUCUGUCAAGUACACGUUGUGUGUCUCAAGCUUCACCAAUCAUUGAUUCAUUUCUUCAACACAUUCCGGCUUUGGCAUUUUCACACCACCAGUAUACGUAUUGUGUCUUGAACAAAAAGAAAAAUACUUGGGAAAGAAAAAAAGAGUUCAUCUUCAACUCUGAUCCACUCUCGUCGUCACUUUCGCCUCGCCGGUCGAAUCGAACUAGUAAGCUCGCUUCUCUCUCUCAGUCUUCUACAUUCAGCGUAAUCCCUAAUCAAUCCCGUGAGAGCUCUACACCUUAGCUCCCGUGAGAGAUUUGGGGGGAGAAAGAUGACUCAAGACGUUGAGAUGAAAGACAACCACACCCCUUCUCAAUCCAUCAUCUCCUCCACCACCACCUCCACGAUUCAGCAUUUGAAGGAGAUCGCAGCGUUGAUUGAUACUGGAUCCUACACCAAGGAGGUUCGCCGCGUUGCUCGCGCCGUGCGUCUCACUGUCGGACUCAGGCGGAAACUCACCGCCUCCGUUCUAUCUUCUUUCCUGUUAGUUAUGUGGGUGAUGAACAUGAUAUGGAAGUUGAUACAGCUUCGUCGGUUGCGCAAGCUUCUUCCAAGCACUUAUCUGCUGAGCUCGAGAUCUACUGCUACUUCAUUGUUCUUCUUUUUCUUGUUGAUCAGAAUAAGUACAACGAGGAACCUUCUCGCAUUGCAUCAUUCUGCAACCCUUCGCCAUGAUGAGUUGGGUCAGGAAACACUUUUAAACCUUUUGCUUCGUAACUACCUGCACUACAAUCUCUAUGAUCAAGCAGAGAAGCUAAGAUCAAAGGCACCUCGGUUUGAGGCACAUUCAAACCAACAGUUCUGUAGGUACCUCUUCUACCUUGGGAAGAUCAGAACCAUUCAGCUGGAGUAUACAGAUGCAAAAGAAAGCCUCCUUCAGGCAGCCAGGAAAGCCCCUAUCGCAGCUAUAGGGUUCAGAAUCCAAUGCAAUAAAUGGGCUAUUUUGGUUCGCCUUCUACUUGGUGAGAUCCCAGAGAGGUCGAUCUUCACUCACAAGGGGAUGGACAAGGCCCUGAAGCCUUACUUUGAGCUGACCAAUGCGGUGAGGAUUGGAGACUUGGACCUCUUCAGGACAGUGCAGGAGAAGUUCUCAGACACAUUCGCUCAAGACCGAACGCACAAUCUCAUCGUGCGGCUCCGCCACAAUGUCAUCAGGACUGGACUUCGCAACAUAAGCAUCUCAUACUCGAGAAUCUCCCUUCCCGAUGUCGCCAAGAAGCUGAGGCUUAACUCCGAGAACCCUGUGGCUGAUGCCGAAAGCAUCGUCGCAAAGGCAAUACGCGACGGGGCAAUAGGUGCGACCAUUGAUCACAGAAACGGGUAUAUGGUGUCGAAAGAAACAGGGGACAUCUACUCUACGAAUGAACCGCAAACAGCGUUUAACUCGAGAAUCGCUUUCUGCCUUAACAUGCAUAACGAGGCGGUAAGGGCUUUGAGGUUUCCUCCCAACACGCACAAGGAGAAAGAGAGCGAUGAGAAGAGGAGAGAGAGGAAGCAGCAAGAGGAAGAGUUGGCUAAGCAUAUGGCUGAGGAAGACGAUGAUGAUUUCUAGAGAGAGAUCCUCUGUCCGCACUCUGUUUCUUGCUGCUCACAAUUUGACCUUUUUACUCUGCCCUUCGUUUUAAGUGUUUUUAGAGGAUUUUUAAUAUUGUUUCUUUUUAUUACUUUCAACUUCAGAACAGAGGUUUGUAUAGACAAGGUUCUCAACUUCGUUCAAUGGUGUUUGGUAGUUUUUCGCA